CCCGGCCCAGACCGCCCGCGGGCUCCGGGCACCUGUGGCCGCGGGCCGCCCAGGACCCGUGUCGCCCGGCGCCCGCCGGACCAGGACUAGGCCACCCCGCGGUGCCGACCUAGGGCUCCGGCCUGGACCCCGCUGCCCGCCAUGGUCCCGCCCGGCCAGCCCUGAGCCCCGCGCCGGAUUCGGGGCUCUGCCUCCGGCCCCCAGCCCCGCCCGAGAGUCUCCACCAACUUCUGCUCGGAAACUCCACUCUGCCCCUUCUUUUGGCCCAGGGCGACCUCGGGAGCCCUGACAGCACAGACCCUCCGGAAUACCCAGAAAGGGCCCCAGGGUGGUCAGGCGCCUCCCUGGCUCUUUCUGGAUGGAGGCGCCUCCGGAAGGACCCGGCUGAAUGCUUUGGCCUUCACCUGGCGGCCUCUGCUGACCACACCUCCCCGAGUGCAGAGGCUGCCUGGGAGCAGAAAAUGCUGUACCAGCACAGCUGGUUCCUGGCGAUCCCAGUCUGACUGCCAGGAUGGAGCUGGGGCCAGCAACCGAGACCUUUGUGUUGGAGCUGAGAUGUCUUGAGGAUGGGGGUCCAGCGCCUGACACCUUCUCAGGUGGCAGUGGCGGGAACGAGAGUCAGGAGGAGGAAGAGGCUCAGGAAGGGAGCAGCAGCCCACAACAGCCAGCAGUCUCAGCGCCAAUAGCAGCCAAUGAAAUCACUGAGGAAGCCCAGCUGGGACAACACGAGUUGCAACUGCAGCAGUUAGAACAGCAGCCAGAGAUGCAGCCACAGCCACAGCAUGAGCAGCUGCAACAGCAGCAACCACAAAACCAACUAUUGGGACAUCAGCCAGCAUUGCAACAGCAGCAGCAGUCUCAACUACAACAGGAAUUACAUGAAAAUCACCAGUCAAUACAACAUCAGGAACUGAAACCACGACUGCAGCAGCAGCAACAGCAGGAACAGUUACAGCAGCAGCAAGUGCAAGAGCAACAGCUAUUGCAGCAGCAGCAACAGCAGGAACAGUUACAGCAGCAGCAAGUGCGAGAGCAACAGCUGUUGCAGCAGCAGCAACAGCAGGAACAGUUACAGCAGCAGCAAGUGCAAGAGCAACAGCUGUUGCAGCAGCAGCAGCAGGAACAGUUACAGCAGCAGCAAGUGCGAGAGCAACAGCUGUUGCAGCAGCAGCAGCAGGAACAGUUACAGCAGCAGCAAGUGCAAGAGCAACAACUAUUGCACCAACAGCAAGAACAGUUACAGCAGCAACAAGUGCAAGAACAACAGCUGUUGCACCAACAGCGGAUACAGCAGCAGCAGCUGCUACAACAGCAGGAACAAUUACAGCAGCAACAGUUCCAACAGCAACAGCAGUUACUGUUGCUGCAGCAGCAGGAACAAUUACAACAGCAUCAGCAAGCACAAUUACAGCAGCAGUUGCUGCAGCAGCAGCAAGCACAGUUACAGCAGCAGCUAUUGCUGCAGCAUCAGGAACAGUUGCAGCAGCAACAACAGCAACAGCUGUUGCAGCAGCAGCAGGAACAGUUGCAACAGCAGCAGCUGCAGCCUCAUCCACUGGAGCCAGAGGAGGAGGAAGAGGUGGAGCUGGAGCUUAUGCCAGUGGACCUGGGGUCAGAGCAGGAACUGGAGCAGCAGCGGCAGGAACUGGAGCGGCAGCAGGAGCUGGAGCGGCAGCAGGAGCAGCGGCAGCUGCAGCUCAAACUGCAGGAGCAGCUGCAGCAGCUGGAGCAGCAGUUGGAGCAGCAGCAGCUGGAGCAGCAGCAGCUGGAGCAGCAGGAGGUGCAGCUGGAGCUGACCCCCGUGGAGCUGGGUGCCCAGCAGCAGGAGGUGCAGCUGGAGCUGACCCCUGUGCAGCCCGAGCUGCAGCUGGAGCUGGUGCCUGCCGGAGGGGGUGGUGGGGCAGCGGUCCCCGGGGCUCCGGCUGCAGUCGUGGUGGCCCCUCCGGGCUAUGUGGUGCUGCAGGAGCUCAUGGUGCUGCCCGCCGUGGCCGCGCCAACCGUGGUGGCCAUCCCGGGCCCAGCGGGCAGCGCGGCGCUGACACCCGCUCGGCAACGGAGGCGGCGACGCGCCCGGGACCGGCCAACCAUCUGCGGGGAGUGCGGCAAGGGCUUCAGCCGCAGCACAGAUCUGGUGCGCCACCAGGCCACGCACACAGGCGAGCGGCCGCACCGUUGCGGCGAGUGCGGCAAGGGCUUCUCGCAGCACUCGAACCUGGUGACGCACCAGCGCAUCCACACGGGCGAGAAGCCCUACGCCUGCUCUUACUGCGCCAAGCGCUUCAGCGAGAGCUCGGCGCUCGUGCAGCACCAGCGCACGCACACCGGCGAGCGGCCCUACGCCUGCGGCGACUGCGGCAAGCGCUUCAGCGUCUCCUCCAACCUGCUGCGCCACCGGCGCACGCACUCGGGCGAGCGGCCCUACGUCUGCGAGGACUGCGGCGAGCGCUUCCGCCACAAGGUGCAGAUCCGCCGCCACGAGCGCCAGCUGCACGGCGCGGGCCGCUCGCGGGGCCUCGGUUUGCUGCGCAGCGCGCGGCCCCCGGUCCCCAGCGGCCCACAGCGCGCCGAGCCGGCCGCCACGGCCGCGGACAAGGCACCGUGAGGCCGCGGGACCCGGAGCCAGGCGGGGCGGGCCGGGUUGGGAAGCUCGCGGGGCUGAGGCAGGGGCAUAGGCGGUGAUCGUCCGCCUGGGAAGUACCGUGCGGAGUGGGACGCAUGCCCGACCCCGGUUCAUAGUCUCAAGACAUCCUGGAAUAGCCCUGGGAGUGGGGCGGGAGGGAGGCUCCCAUCAACUCCCGGAUUCCUUGAGAAGUGCCAGGUUCACAGAUGAACCCCCAGAUACCAUCCACAGAGAAAAGCCGACCGUGGCCGAAGCAGCACGUGGGAAACAUUGGCUAUUGAGAACCGAGAUUGCCAAGAGGGUCGCCACAUACCCCCGACCCCCAGAGAAAACUGGACUUCGGAGAAAUGAGAGUCAAUAGAGAAAACUCCCAGUGACAGGAAAUUGGUGACAUUGACGCGGACUGAACACUAACCGGGUAAUCAAAUGCAUGUGGUGAACCGCAGAUGGAAAAGAUUUGAUCCUGGUGAAAAUUAUUUCAAGGAGAAAAACGGGGAAAAAGGAAACUUAUCUGCACUAUGUAGAAAACUGAUGAAGGCGUUGAAUUGUCCUCAGUGGCAUUUGCCUUGAAAAUACUUUCUAGGAUGAAAAUUCAUCAGGGUGGAUAUCAUUCUGAUGAAUAGGCCUGUGUUCAUAAACACAGGGUCAGAGUGUCCACGGGGUCAGUGUGCAAAUAAAUGCCGGGAAGCCCUGCUCUGGGCUGAAGGUAAGACCUUCCCUCCAGGGGAACCCAGGGUUCCGGCAGGUGUUGGGGCAGGUUCUAGGCCUCCGUUGCCAUGUUCCCAAGCCCAUUGUGGCCCUUUAACGUCCUCAUGAGUAAAAGCCUGUGGCUGAAGCAGAGGGCACUUGGGGGUGCUCUCCAAGGUCCAGGAGAGGGGUCCCCCCAGAAUGAGCUCGGGGCAGCCCCCCCCCCACCGGCCUCCCUGGGAUCCACCAGCUCUAGGCUUCUCAGAUGCUGUCCAGAAGUUGGCUCCUUAAGACCCAAGGGUGGUGCUGUCCUGGCCCAGGCUACGGAGGGGAGCAGGGCUGCCCAGGCAGACCCUGCCUCGUGGCUGGGGCUGAGGGAGGAAUGUUGGGGACAAGGACUGGGGGCAACAGAAAUGCUCUUUACUGCGUUUACCAAAUCGUCUGGGGCAGGGGGCUGUAAGAGCAGCAGCAGUGGCUGAUGCCUUGUGGGAAGGUGGGGCUGUGGAGGAGUCGGCCACCCCCUGGCCCCCAAGCACUUCCCGCUCCAUCUGACUUCCAACGUUGUGGCUGCCUAGUUCCUGCCCCUCUUCCCUCCCUCCUUCUCCUUUACUAACACAGCCUGCUACGUUUUACACAUGUGUUGGUAAGUGAGAAACAAAAAAUGAAAAAUAAAUUAAAAUGAAGAAAUACA